UAAAAAAAAAACCGAACCAAACAACUCACACACAAAAAGCAUAACAUUAUCCAAAAUUAUGGACAGAGCAGAGGAGGCAGAGCAAGAAGAAGAGUUUAGCGAUUGGGUAGUUCUAAAAACCUCACCCAAAUCUCCAUCAAGUGACGCAUCUACCCCUCCAAACUCACCGAUAUUACAACCAAGCCAUCUACGUGAAAAUCCAACCGACGACGACGACGAUGAUGAUGACAACGACGGAGAAGAAGAAAGUGAAUCUUCCUCUGCCGUGAGUCUCUGGCUUCCGUGGCGUGUGAUCGAUACUGCCAAAACGCGAUUGAUCAAGGACUCAGUGUGCUUCUUCCAGGCCGUGGAGAGGGUUCGUUGUAGUUACCUGACAAGAAGAAGUGUACUUUGGUCAUUAACAAUCAUCGGUGGUUUCUCGUUGGUCUUGAGCCUUGUUUACGUGAAGGUCGUGAGAUGGUGGAGACGAUUACAAGAAGAGAAGCUGAGGUUUCUGCUUCUUCUGCUCAGAGAGAAAGAUCAGAAAAUAAAAGAACUUAUGGUUGAAAUUGGGAGAUUGAACGAGUUGUUAUCAUCACGACGCAGAGUUCGAGUGGUUCGAAUCGUGUGACGAUAUAGAAGUAUGUAUAUACUUGGAUUACAGAGUAGACCAACUGGUAUACAGUAUAUGUUGCGUGAUUGUUAUACAAAUAUAUUAAUUUCAUGUGUAUGAAAGAAGUAUUCAAACAAAAAAAUAAAUAAAGGAAAAUAGAGUAUGUGAUAUAGUUUGCGUUUGAUGUUUUUUUUCUAUGGGUUGUGAGAGUUUUUGCUGGUAACAAGUCUAUUGAUGACUCAUAAAAAAUUAUAAUAACUUAUAUA